AAAGACUUCAAGAUUAAACAAACGACCCGCUUCCUCGCCCUCCCUUGAUUAUGGUGUUUCCCGAUUACCUUCAAGACCCACUCCUGAGCCCGUUCCUUUCUUGGAGGCUGCGUCAAGAAAUAAGGGUGGGGUCCUGGAAUGGCUGUAAUAAGAGACAGCAUCGCUCCCAAAUCCCUUUUUGUGAAAAUUCCACGCAUCACCGUCCUUAGCCGUCAGGACUUGUCUUCUCAUUCACAUCCAUAUAUGAAUUUUUACAUGAAUUCUAUAUCCUCAAUAAUCUCACACAAGUCAUGGAGGACAUGGGAACAAGAUUCCUUCAAGAUCGAGUAAGAGCUGCAAAAGCCAAAGCGGAUGCCCUUAAAGCUGAACUUCUCCAGGCUGAGCAUGAGUCGGCACACCUAGCAAGCGAAAUCGAGAAAGCUGAACGACGCGCAUUUUUGGAAGAAGAGAAAAAUGAACGGGAGACUCAAACCAGGAACAGUAUACGGAAAUUUCUCCAGGAAGCAAAACUCCCUCAGAAAUUGCCGCCAAGAUCUUUCCGUCGUGAAGCAAACCGAAUUGCGGAGUACUGGGAAAACCAUGGACUUGAAUCAGGACUUACCUUCACAUCGUUAAUGUGUCUCUGUCAGGCACUACCGAAGACCGAUUGGAGUCUAUUAGAGAAGUAUCCUGAUACAUUUCAGGAAUUAUCUUCUAUGGUAAAUCGUCGUUUUCAAUUCAGUUGGGAAAUGUGGGCAUGGUAUUGCAAAUUCCUUGAUCCUGCACGGGUGGAAAGCUGCGCUUUUGGAGCGGUUUACGACGCCUUUAAGCAUGAUGUUCCUGGACUGUGUGCCAAAUUGCAACGUUUGCACAGUAAGGGGCUUAUCGGGACAGAAAUCUAUGAGCCGCCUUCCUCGAGUACCCAUCUCGCAUUUCCCGGAGCAACGGGGGCAGAUGACGGGACGCUCGACUGUCGCCCAAAACUGAAUCAGGGCCUAAAGCGAAAAGAGUUGGGCUCAGGAGGACCAUUGAGAAGUUUAGUCUGUGGAAACCAAAUCGUAUCAUGCGACGAGCCCCAAUCCGACCAAAAAAAGUUCACCGAAGCGGCAGCGGACGGAGGUCGACAAGCUACUCGACUGCAACAAUCACCUUGUAAACGCACUGCCCCUCAACCACAACGCCAUACAUUAGCACAUUUUCCAGGAAAACCAUGAACUGGGAGCAAUUAACUCUGAGAUGGAAAUAUAAACAGAAAAACUAUUUCCGACCGCUUCCCACUGGACCAUCAACUCGCCCAUCAUUCGUUUGCCCCCGGGCUGGCGCAAACGCAUACUAUUCGGUGUCAGAGAUCAACAGGCUGAGUUUACGUAAUUACCGCUGAACGGUCUCGUACUGCUUGUCGCUGCCUCAUCCUCUUUAUUUGAUUUUCGGCACUGCCCUUCAAGAUCAAAUGAGACUUGGUGGUAGCAGAGAAAACCCUCGCCCGUUUAUUCUUUACCGCGUUGACCUCGAGUUGUUGCUGCUUCUUCCUUUUCUCUUGAGCUUCGGCAUAAGGUCGUGGAUGUUUUUGCGUGGCUGGCGCAAAAACGAGCGAUUCGCAUCGAUCCCCACCCCGCUGCUGGCCUAGUGCGACGGGCAACUUUUCUGUAUUCUUGUUUCUGCUUGCCCCUUCAGCAGGCACGUCCUCGCAUAUUGGCGCCCUAGAUCUGAAAUGUUGCGCAUAGAAAGACAAUCCGAGGUUGUUUGCAUAAGUCGAGCCCACAGGGACAUGUGAAUUUGGCUUAUGCCGUGGACUACCCAUAACAGCUGACGAGGAUUGCAGCCAACCAGAAACGCCGCCAUCCAUGUGUGGUGCACCAAACAGAGGAUUUGAAGGCACCUGAUAAAGGGAGGUGGGGACAGAAAUGAGCGAGUCGACGCUUGAUAUGGCUGGGUGUUGCUGCUCGUUUUGCCAGCACGGCAUAAUAUGUUGAGCUUCCCGAGGCUGCACUUCGGUGUUUCCAAGGUCCGUCUCAGACAGCUGUCCAUCUGCAACUUCCUCCGGUUUCAGGAACUCUUGCAUUAUCGCGUCCCAAUUGAAGACUUCCGCAGUGAUUUUCUGACUUGUGCCUAGAUCUUGAUGAGCCUGCAAAACUCCAGCAUUUACGGUGCCAAAGUUGCUACCCACGCCUAAACCUGGAAGCCCGCUGUUUUGAUCGCAGAUGCUUGUAUCCGGGAAAAUGGAAGCCGAUCCCGGUGCUGGUAGGGCGCAGCCAAAAUUGCCCGGGGCCACGGAUACGGGCACAUUGUUUAAAUGCGGGACGCCCCCCGUAGAGAAAUCAAAAAAUCUGCGGCAAUCUUCCAUGGUUUUAAAUUCCGUUGGGCGGUCCAGUGUCGUCGCUGUAAUAAUAGUAAAUAAGAAAAGGAGGCCUUAUAUGCUUGUAGCUAGAUAUUUAGGUUGGGAAAUUACUUUAGAACGUGUAUUUAAGUAGGAAUUCUCGAU